CUUGACAUCAGCUCCAUCUAAGUGGCUUAGAGCUUCUGGUUGAGCUUUUUGCCAAGGCAGAGAAGCACUGAGACUAUGGCCUUUUUCUCCCAACUGGAUCUGCAGGAAGUCCUCCAAUUACUCUCCAUAGGACAGUGGAUUCCAGUCUAUGUAAUUUUAGGAUGUAUUCCCAUCUUGGGUAUACCCUAUUCCCUGAUGUUCAGUAGCCUAUGGCCCUUGUCUGUGCUCUGCUUAGCCUGGCUUGCCUAUGAUUGGAAAACCCACAGUCAAGAUGGUAGGCGUUCAGCUUGGAUACGAAACUGGACCCUCUGGAAGUAUUUCCAAAGCUACUUCCCAAUAAAGCUGGUGAAGACCCAUGAGCUUUCUCCCAAUCACAAUUACAUCAUUGCCAACCAUCCCCAUGGCAUUUUUUCUUUUGGUGCCCUCAUCAACUUUGCUACUGAGGCCACUGGCUUUUCCAGGAUUUUCCCCUCUAUAACUCCCUCCUUAGCAACCUUGGAAAGGAUCUUCUGGAUCCCAAUUGUGCGAGAAUAUGUGAUGUCACUGGGUAUAUGUCCAGUGAGUGAAUUUUCCCUGAAUUAUAAGCUGACCCAGAAAGGCUCAGGCAACGCUGUGGUCAUUGUGGUGGGCGGAGCUGCUGAAGCCAUCUUGAGCCUCCCAGGAGUUCCUGUGCUCUACCUCAAAAAUCAUAAAGGUUUUGUGAAGCUAGCACUGAAGACGGGAGCAUAUCUUGUCCCUUCUUACUCCUUUGGUGAGAAUGAGGUUUACAACCAAACGAUCUUUCCUGAAGGAACAUGGCAAAGAUUCUUCCAAAAACACUUCCAGAAAGCUGGCAAAAAAAUCCUAGGCCUAAAUUUAUGUACCUUCCACGGCAGAGGUUUCAUUCCUGGAUCCUGGGGCUUUUUGCCUUUCAAACAACCCAUUACCACUGUUGUUGGAGAACCCCUGCCAGUCCCCAAGAUCAAUGAUCCAGAUGAGGAGACGGUGGCAAAGUACUGUGAACUAUACACCAGCGCCAUCCGCAGGCUGUUUGACCAAUACAAAGUUGAAUAUGGCUUCCCAGAGACCCAGGAGCUGAAAAUUAUCUAACACAAGUCAACAUCACUGUAACCAAAGCUCAAAUACAUAAGAAAUCCAGGUGAAGCCACAGAGAAGGAAGAAUUU